AUGCGUAUACGUUACAAUCAAAAUAAAUUAUUAAGAACUUUUAAAUUAAAAUUACUUAUUCGAAAAAAUAAAACCAAAAGAAUAAAAAGUGAAAUGAAAGAAGCAACAAAACAAAUACAAAUUGAGGAAGAAGAAGCAACAAAACAAAAACAAAUUGAGGAAGCAACAAAACAAAAACAAUUCGAGGAAGUAACAAAACAAAAACAAAUUGAGGAAGAAGAAGCAACAAAACGGAAACAAAUUGAAGAAGUGGAAGCAACAAAACGAUUAAAAAUCAAAAAUAUACGUGAAUUUGACGUUAAUUAUCUAUUAAUAGAUAAUGAACAUUUUAAUAAUAAUGUACAGUUGUGUAUUGAAAAUUAUUUAAAUAAUGUUUUACAAUUCUUGAAAAAACCAGAAAAACAAUGUCAAGAAUUAUUUAAUAGAUUUAUAAUGGAAUUAUUAUUAAUAUUUAAUGAUUGUACACAAUUAAAAUUGAUGAAUGUAUCAAAAUAUAAUUUGAAAGAAAAUCAUAUUCUUUCCAAAUCAUCAACUAAAUUCCGAAGAUCAACACAUCGAUUGGAGAUUAUUCCUGUUGAUUCCCGUAUAUUGAAUAGUGAUAUUCAUAUCUUAACACCUGAUGGUGUUCUUCACGUCCAUCAUGGUCCAUUUGAUCGAGCUGAAAUCUGUCGUGAAUAUAAUGUUGGACCACGUGAUUUACGAAAGAUCGAUACCGAUCUCCGUAUCAAUGUUCCUGUUAUCAGUGUUCGUCAUGGAAAAUUGAUUCUAUUUUCGUUUCGACGCCAUCGAGCUAUUGUUCAAUCCUAUCGAAGUAUUUUCUUUGUCCCAUCGAAUGAAAAAAUUCCUUUUGAACCUUUUGGAAUCAAGAAUGUCGCUGAAUGGGAAAAGAUUACUCAUGCUUAUCGUCGAAAUGUUCGAUAUAUUCAUCAAGUCUACAAUCAACGAUACAUUACAGAGAAUACGAAAUCAUUUUCUCAAACGCCAUUCGAAUUACAAAUUAUAGAAAUCAUUGGAGAAUCGAUAGCAUAUGGACUAAAAUUGAAAACUCAAGAUAUUCUCAUGGAAUUUGAAACAAUACGUCAAAGUAGUUAUGCUCGAAUAAGUAUUGAAAGUCUUCGUGAACUUGUCUUUAUUAAAAGUAAAGUCGAUAAACAUCACCGAAACGCUGAUCUUGCACAUCAAGCUUGGCUCGAUUUACUUGCUUAUGAUCAAGAUAUGAUCGGAUUGUAUUUGACUGAAAAUCGGCAAAGUGAUUCGUCUGAUUUAAACGAAGUUGAACUUUUACUCGAAUCUUGUGCGAAACAGAUAGCUGAAGUUUGUCGAUCAGUUUAUGAUCUGAAAGAUUCUGUUCAAAAUAUCGAAAGUACAACGGGAUUUAUGCUUGAUGCCGUCAGAAAUCACCUUCUAGCUUUUGAAAUACAAAUCAAUAUCAUUACAAUGGGAUUUGGCAUUGGAGCAUUUAUAACAGCUAUCUAUGGAAUGAAUCUUUAUAGCGGAAUGGAAGAACAUCCACGUGCAUUACUUUACGUUGCCACUAUUUCCUCUUGUUUCGCUGUUACAUCAAUUGCUAUAGGAAUUUAUCGUUUAUUCAAAUACAGAAGAAUUAAACUUCAUCGCCCGAAUUAA